AUGGCUACUUCCUCGAAGCAGGCUUUCCAUAAGAACCUGGAGUGUCCUGUCUGUCUGAGAUUCUUCAGGGACCCCAAGAUCCUGACCUGCUCUCAUACCUUCUGCAAGGGUUGUCUUGAGACUCUCCUGGGGUCUUGUCGGAAGCUGUCGUGUCCGAUGUGCAGGGAGGAGACUUCCGUUCCCGGUGGAGACAUGGGUAGACUGCAAUCAAACAUAACAGUCAGAUCGCUUGUUGAAGAUGUGGAGACCCAGGGCCAAUCCAACUGUUAUCAAGAAGACACACCGUUGCAAAAAAAAUGGAACAAAUGUCAAAAACAUCCGAACUACGACGAAGAAUGCUUUUGUCUCGACUGUAACAAGUACGUUUGCUUCAAAUGUGGCACAUUAGAGCAUACAAUGAAUGCCCACAAUAUCAUGGAAGCAGAAGAACAUGAAACUGCGCAAAAGAAUAACAUCGAUGAACUUGCAUCUAAAGCGGGUACAAAGAUACGCGAGGUGGACAAGUAUGUUACAUUUGUUGUAGACCAGCGUAAAAGGGUGCGUAACGUACAGGAACAACUCAAUGAUGAAAUAGAUGAGACUUUUGAGGAAUCAGUUCAGACGUUGAAAAAAGAAAGACGAUGCUGGAAAAUGCGGUUGGGCGUGAGCUAG